AUGUUGUGCCAAUUGUCUAUUGCCUCUCUUUUUAUUUCUAUGACCGCUGCUGCCGGUCACCAUUCUCACAAGUACGCCUUGUUUGAUGAAGCCGUUGAGGUUUCUAAGAGAAGCAGCGGUAAUGAUUGUGAGUUCCCAACCGACUUGGGUUUGGUUGCCGUUAACGAGAAAGGUACUGGUGGUGGUUGGGCCAUUGCUAUGGACCAAACCUGUAAAGCCGGGUCUUGGUGCCCAUACGCUUGCCCUCCAGGCUAUUUAUCUGCUCAAUGGGACCCAGAAGCUACUAGUUACACUUAUCCACAAUCUCAAUAUGGUGGUUUGAAAUGUAACUCCGACGGUACUUUAUCCAAGGGCUUUUCCGGCAAAGCUUACUGUGUCGAAGGUAAAGGCACUGUUUCUGCAAAGAACACUAUUGGCAAAGACGUCGCCUUCUGUCAAACCGUCUUGCCAGGUAACGAAGAAAUGUCGAUUCCAACCAAUGUUGGUGCUAACAAUGAAACCGUUUUGGCCGUCCCAGGUACCGAUUACUGGGCUGGCACUGCUGCUCACUACUAUGUCAACUAUCCUGGCAUUUCUGUCGAAGACGCUUGUACCUGGGGUUCCGACGCCAAUCCUCAAGGUAACUGGUCUCCAUAUGUUGCUGGUGCUAACCAAGAUGACAGUGGUAACACUUAUGUCAAGAUUGGAUGGAACCCAAUUUACUUGGACAGCUCUUUUGCCACCACUGAACCAAACUUCGGGAUUAGAAUCACUUGUGAUGACGAAUCUAAAUGUAACGGCUUGCAAUGUGAAAUUGACCCAACUGAUGGUAUCAACACCAUCAAGGGUUCUUCUUCCACUGGUGCGGGUGCCGCUAACUUCUGUGUUGUUACCGCUGAAAGUGGGAAUAGUGCCAAGAUUGAGGUCUUUAGCACUGGCUCUUCAUCUUCCUCUUCCUCUACUUCUAACAAGGGCGUCAAAGUCCUCAACAGAGGCGUGAACGCUACUAGCUUGGCUACUUCUAUUUCCGCCUCUGCCACUGCUGCUACCAAUGCUUCUCACAUCACCGCCUCUGCCACUGCUAGUACCAGUACUUCUGCUGGUGUUGCUAGAUUCAACACCAACCCUAUCCAAACUAUUGCUGUUGUUUUGGCUGUGGUGAUUUACCAAAAUUUAUUCUAA